AUGCGACCUCCGCCGUCAUCGUGGGACCACGGAUAUGAUUUCCACCGCCCGUCAACUUCAGGAGAAGUGCCAGAGAUGCGGACCCACCUGUACUCUACCUUCGUGGACCUGACGAAAGCCUUCGACACGGUGAACCGUGAAGGACUGUGGAAGAUCAUGCAGAAAUUCGGCUGUCCGGAGCGAUUCACUCAGAUGGUGCGUCAGCUGCACGACGGUAUGAUGGCGCGAGUCACGGACAACGGUGCUGUCUCAGAGGCAUUCGCAUUGACCAACGGAGUAAAGCAGGGAUGCGUGCUGGCGCCUACCCUCUUCAGUCUUAUGUUCUCUGCCAUGCUGAUGGAUGCCUACCGCGACGAACGCCCAGGGAUCCGCAUCGCCUACAGGAAGGAUAGCCACCUCCUCAAUCUACGCCUAAUUAACUUCCAAUCGCGCGUAUCCACAACCACAAUCCACGAAAUUCUCUUCGCCGACGACUGCGCCCUGAACACCACCUCGGAAGAGGACAUGCAACGGAGCAUGGAUCUCUUCUCCGGCGCCUGCGAGAACUUCGGUCUCGUCAUCAACACGCAGAAGACGGUGGUCAUGCAUCAACCGCGACCCAACACAGCGACUCCCCCAACGUGUAUGUGCGGAGUGGCGAACUGGUGGGCUGAGAGCCAGACUGUAACGACUUCUUCUUAA